AUGUCUUCGAGUCAACAGACCGCCACCCAGCCCUCUUUGGGUGAUACCUUACGAAGCGUCUCACAGACGAUGAACACUGAUAAUCCCUCUGAAGUCCUAUGUGCCGCCUAUACUCUGAGCAGUCUGCGCCAUAAGCUAAAGAGUAAUGACGAGUCUACUGCUCCGCAAAGAGAGCAUUUUGGCAAGUGGGAUGAAUCGGAUUUUUCCGAGGAAUACAAAACCCAAAUUGAGCUCCUUAACACUCAAAUGGAUGAUGUUAUUUCCCAUUAUAGCAAGAUGGGAUUUAGGAAGAAUUUCGACAAGGGUUACCUUAGUCUUCGGUUGACUCUCAAGUGUGUGGUCCCGAUCGUAGAGGCGGGAGCUGCCCUGGUCAAGGAAGCUGAAGAAUCUUUGGAAGAAUCUUUGGUAAAAUUACGGGCUGUUACGGAGUCGUACUACGACGCUAUCCAUACUGAGCGCUCUUCGAGGCCAGACGACAAACGAUCAUGA